AUGAUUUUAAGUUUAUUGAUUUUAUAACAAUACUUCCGAUAGACAAAUACGAAGUGCAGUACUAAAUUUACAAUUUUAAGCUACUCUGAAUGACGAGCACCAUUUUGAGUUGUCAAUAGGGGAACGAUUUGACUUAAACAUGAAUGACAAUUUUAUUGGUUCCAAUUUGAGAUUUUCAUUAGUGGGUUCGCAUAGUCGGCAAUUCACAGUCUAACAACGCUUGCAUUUGGUUGGAAUACAACCCCUCUUUGAGGAUUAUAUCACCAUAAAGUAAUGGGGAGAACUCUUAGCCUUAUUACGUGGAACCCAGGAAUAAUAUUACAUCCAAUAUGGAAUGUGCGAUUUUCAAUAGGCUCCCGUGUUUGACAACAUAAUUCAGCUAUUGCCCAGAAGAAAUUGCGUUGAUCUCACUUAAGACACGCUUUCUUCGUUUGUAGUUUUAUGUGCAGAAGGAACUCUAUAUUAGUUGCAAUAUGUGUAAGUGGGUGGACAAAUCCAAGAAUUCCAGUAUCAGCUGAAGUAACAACCGAAGAAGUUCAUGAUCAACAUGGUAAAUGGAGUCGUGAUAGUCAUCUAAGUGGCAGAUGAAUGCAUUAUAGAUACAUAUUAUCAACAGAAGAGAGGGAUGCAAUUAAAUGCAUAAACUUUAUCAGAAUUGACGAUGCAGCAAGUCGAAAACUUCUCCAUCAAUGAUAUUACUGUGAAAGCCGAUUAGAUUAUUAUUGCACAUCAACUUAGUCUCAUGAUCUAUUUGACAAUUGAAAUUUAGAAUAAUUAACCUGUGUUUACACUAAUAAAAUUAGGGAGGUUUGAGUUUGACCUCCUCAAAAUUAGUGCUUACUUAGAUAAUUAUCAAGAUCUUAUAGUCGUAGUCCUUAUACCUGACAACAGAUUGUAUUUUAUCGAAACGAACAAACAAUAUCAAUUAGAUUCCUAAAUUAAUAUCAAAAAAGCUAACUUACAAGCAUCCUCCACUUAUUGUUCUAUUCACGAUGGCAAAAACCUAAUUAUUUAUAAAUUCAGUGAGGGCUUAAAAGUAUUAAUGUUUCAGGAGGACCUGGAUCUCAUUUAAUACAUAUUUAAUCCAGAUUUGAAUGAUCUGAUAAUUGUCUAAGAAAGAUAAAUAAGUAGAUUUGUUUUAUCCGAUGGUUAUUUAAUUUUGAUACCACCAAAAGAGAUUAUCAAGAGUCCAGUGGAAUUUUCAGUUGUGGCCAGUAGUGAUUUAAUGGAAUGCGAAGCAAGAGUCUCUUAUAUUGUAACGAGCAGUGUCAAUUCACAAUUGCUUAAGCCUUAUUCCUAUCCUAAUCCAUAUCCUAAUAUUAUAUUCUUUCCCAAAUUCCCCUCCAUUUAUAGUUUGAAUUAGGUCUCAAUUUCAGGGCCAAAUCAGAAAAUGCUUGUAACUGUAAAAGAGAAUGAUUGGCAAUUAAUUAACAUUAUCACAGAUUAUAAAAAAAUGAUUCCAAUUUCAGGAUUGAAUGAGAAACGAUUAAAACUCGCAAGUGUCAACGUUGAAAUAAAUCAUCUUAUUCCCAAAAAAAUACACUUUAUACUGCAAUAUUAUCAAAAUCAAUAAUUGUAUACUGAGUUCUUAUCUUGUGAAUUCAAUAGACAAUAAUUGAAGAUUCAUUGUGACAAAGAAUACAUAAUAGAUAUUGAUAUUGUCAUAACUCAAGAUUAGAUAUUUUAUAGUUAUAAUCUGGAAGAAAACGAAGUAUUCAUCUAUGUUGUAAAUAAAAAUGACGUUAUCAUAUACAAAUGGUUUGUCAAUCAGUUGAGUCUAUAGAGGAGAGUAUAGUUAGUUAACGAGAAUGAGUAGCACAUUUAAUCAUCGAUCUCUUAGAUAAUUUAAGUGAAUAAUCUCCUGGUUAUUCUGAGGGGGGACAUUGUCUACCUGUUUUAAAUAUCGGGAGAUGACUAAAUUAGAAUAGACGGGGCAUUUUUAUAACAAAAGAACUAUUUGACUGAGUUUAAACCCAGUUAAGUAAAAGUUAGUCAAAUUUGGAAUCUGAUUUUUAUUGUUAAUGGAGGUGAUAUCCUUGUGAUUCAGUGUUAUGAGACUUGCGAUUUGGUGAAUAAAAUAGUGAUAUAGAAUGCCAUGAGUUUGUAGAUUUAGAUUCAAAUGGAGAAGGUGUUGAUUGUGUUGGCUGAGAUUGAAUCUGAAUUGUCUUUGAUGGAAUACUUGAUAAAGGACCCUCAUUAUAUAGUGUAUCAGAAGAGAUUUUAAACCUAUCACUUUUGGCUUUAAAAAUAGAUGCUGAAUAAUUAUUAGGAUAACGUAUUUUAUGUAUUCGCUUAUAGUCCAGUGUUGAAAUAACGAGUAAUUUUGAUAUAUAAGGUGUUGGUUGAAUUGAGAGAUUCCUUAUUGACUAUGAUCAAUGUCGGAGAGGAUAACCAGGAGUCCUUGUGUUCAGUGAGUGGGUUGAAUCAAAAAAUAAUGUACAUUCACAUGGACAAAUCAGAUUUAAUAUACUUACUAACAAACGAUUUGCGAUCAACAAUCUAUGUCGAUAAUAAAUUAGAUAGCAUGUUUAUUCAUUAAUUGCAAGUGGAAUCCUCCUUUUUCAAUAUUGACUAUCCUCUCUAAUAAAAGUAUCAAUAGACCAUCAAGUUCGUAGAUCUAAAAACAAUCAUCUAUAAAAAUGUCGAUCAGAAGGAGUUUAAAAUAACAUAAGACAUAAAAAUACCCAUUGACAACUCAUUCUUCACUGGAUUGAUAACUAAUUUAAGAGCUGAGAAUGCACAGUUGGAAAUCCAGAAAUCAGUUCAAUUGACUGAGAACAAACGAUCCUUCAAAUCAGAUGUUAUUAAUACUUGUCAACUUGAUGAGAUCACCGUGAUUCUAACUCAUAAAACCAUUGAAUUUAUGUACUUUAAUUUCCAAGACUAUUUCGAAUCCUUAGAUAUAACUGAUUUAAAGGCUGAACUUGGCAAUGUGUUUUGCAGUUCUCACAUCACCAAAUUGAUUGCUUUCAGAUACCUGAAUAUUACUGGUUAGUACAUACAAUUCAUCUAAUGUACUCAACAGAAAUGCUCGAAACAAGGCAAUCCUCAGUUGAUGAAAGAGGAUGAAUACAUCUUCUCCUUAAUGAUCAUCAAUUCUACUUUGAUCACACUUAGCAAAGAUUUGAAAUACAACUAAGCUUUGCUCAAUAUCUAUGAUAUCAAGAGGAACGAAUUCCAGAUAUCACUCUAACCAACAGAAAAGAUUGACAAGCAGAGAGCGAAUCAAGACUUCAAUAUCAAGUAUAUCAGCAUGCAAUUCUACUAGGUGAAUGGAAUUAUGAUUUACAAACUAUUUCUCACUGAAACGAGUAAUGGUCUAUUGUAUGUUGAUAUGGCACAAGAAAAAUAUAUGUAAGUGAAAUCUAAUGUGAUCAAUCUCAAUUUGCAGACUCUCUUGUAAAGCAAUGGCUUAUUUGAAGUAGAUGACUAAAUCUAUAUAAGUACGUUAUCCACCUAGGAGCCUAAAGACUUCCAUAUAGAAGGCUACACUGAAUUUUAUCUCCUUAUAAUCACAGCCAAUUCACUUCACUAUGGACUGAUUGUGCAAUUCAAGGGAUCCAAAUUAUCCGAGACCUCUAUAGCCUACCUGCUUCAUACUCAUUAAUUGUGGAAUGUAGUCACCUUCACUCAGGUUAAAUAAUCCUAUUUGGCUCUUGGCUACAUUGUCCCUGAUAAGUUCGAAUUGAUGGUUGCCAUGUACAAAAUACCAACUACUGUAUCUACUAAUUUGAAGUCGAGUCCCGUCCUGGUUCAUGGAGCAAUCAAUAUUUAAUUAGACAGGAAUCUGAAUUAAUUGAUGUUCUUACUAGAAAAUGAGGGCUAGGAAGUCUUCCUUUAUUUUAAAGAUAAGGAUCCUACCAUAAUAUUUUAGGCCAAAAUCUUCAAUAGUUCAUAUCUAAUUAUCAAUAGUAGUGUGAAAAAUCAUGAAUUCACUUUGGUGGCCAGCAAUUACUAUUAUGAGAAUUCCAUAUAAAUAGUAAUUUUGAAUUAAGUAAAGAAGGGGGGAUUUGGCGUCGUAGUAAGAUAUUGAUUAUAAAUUGUAGAUGGUUAUUUUGAUACUGGUUGGUUGCAUCAUAGUGUUAGGUCUGCUGGCUUACUUGUUUUUCAAGAUUCGCUCUAAGGACCAAGUAGUUAAUUCCAUCACUUUGCUAGAAUGAAUUAUUAUAUAUAUAUACACGAG